UCCCCGCUCCCAGUGACACAAUAGCAGCUCCCUCCAAGAUGGCGGCAGCGACGGCGGACCCGGGAGCUGGGAGCCCGCAGGCUGGAGACUCCUCCGGCGGGGCCGCUGGGGGCGGGCUGCCGUCCCCAGGGGAGCAGGAGCUCAGCCGGCGCUUGCAGCGCCUGUACCCCGCGGUCAACCAGCACGAGACGCCGCUGCCGCGCUCCUGGAGCCCCAAGGACAAGUAUAACUACAUCGGCCUCUCCCAGGGCAACCUCCGCGUCCACUACAAAGGUCAUGGCAAAAAUCACAAAGAUGCGGCCUCAGUGCGUGCUACCCACCCCAUACCUGCUGCUUGUGGCAUUUAUUACUUUGAGGUGAAGAUUGUCAGCAAAGGAAGAGAUGGGUACAUGGGAAUAGGACUCUCGGCUCAAGGUGUCAACAUGAACAGACUUCCCGGUUGGGAUAAACAUUCUUAUGGUUACCAUGGAGAUGAUGGGCAUUCCUUCUGUUCCUCUGGUACUGGCCAGCCCUAUGGUCCCACAUUCACCACAGGCGAUGUGAUUGGCUGCUGCGUCAACCUCAUCAACGGCACCUGCUUCUACACUAAGAAUGGUCACAGCCUUGGUAUAGCCUUCACCGAUCUCCCGGCCAACCUCUACCCCACCGUAGGCCUGCAGACACCCGGGGAGAUUGUGGACGCCAACUUUGGGCAGCAGCCCUUCCUGUUUGACAUUGAGGACUACAUGCGGGAAUGGCGUGCCAAGGUCCAGGGCACUGUCCACUGCUUCCCCAUCAGUGCCCAGCUUGGCGAGUGGCAGGCAGUGCUGCAGAACAUGGUCUCAUCUUACCUGGUACAUCAUGGGUAUUGUGCCACAGCCACGGCUUUUGCCCGAAUGACUGAAACCCCGAUUCAGGAAGAACAAGCAUCUAUAAAGAACCGACAAAAGAUCCAGAAGUUGGUGCUGGAGGGCCGUGUGGGUGAGGCCAUUGAGACCACACAGCGCUUCUACCCGGGGCUGCUGGAGCACAACCCCAACCUGCUCUUCAUGCUCAAGUGCCGACAAUUUGUGGAGAUGGUGAAUGGGACCGACAGUGAGGUCCGCAGCUUGAGCUCCCGAAGCCCCAAGUCCCAGGACAGCUAUCCUGGCUCCCCCAACCUCAGCCCCCGACACGGCCCCAGUAGUUCCCACAUGCACAGCACAGGUGCAGACAGUCCCAGCUGCAGCAAUGGCAUCGCGUCCGCCAAGAGCAAGCAGAACCACAGUAAAUACCCUGCGCCCAGCUCCUCCUCUUCCUCCUCCUCGUCCUCCUCAUCCUCCUCAUCCCCAUCCUCCGUCAAUUACUCCGAGUCCAACUCAACAGAUUCCACCAAGUCCCAGCCCCACAGCAGCACCAGUAAUCAGGAGACCAGCGACAGUGAGAUGGAGAUGGAGGCAGAGCAUUACCCCAAUGGUGUGCUGGAGAGCAUGUCCACACGCAUCGUCAAUGGUGCCUACAAGCAUGAGGACCUGCAGACAGAUGAGUCAAGCAUGGAUGACGGGCAUCCUCGGCGGCAGCUUUGUGGGGGCAACCAGGCUGCCACAGAAAGGAUAAUCCUGUUUGGCCGCGAGUUGCAGGCACUGAGUGAGCAGCUGGGCAGGGAGUACGGCAAGAACUUGACCCACACAGAGAUGCUGCAGGAUGCCUUUAGCCUGCUGGCGUACUCUGACCCCUGGAGCUGCCCAGUUGGCCAGCAGCUUGACCCCAUCCAGAGGGAGCCUGUGUGCGCUGCCCUCAACAGCGCCAUUUUAGAGUCUCAGAACCUGCCAAAGCAGCCCCCUCUGAUGCUCGCCCUGGGCCAGGCAACUGAAUGUCUACGGCUCAUGGCCCGCGCGGGCCUGGGAUCUUGCUCCUUUGCCAGAGUCGACGACUACUUGCACUAGCUGACCAUGCUGGCUGGCCCCGCCUGGCCCUCCCUCAACCCCAGGGCUGGAGCAGCCUGGCCCUCCAUAGGCACUUGGCGCAGGGACCUGGAAGCCACAGGCAGAGUCCACUCCUCCUGCCUGGACUCCUUCCUUUCUUUUCCUUUCCUUUCCUUUUUCCCCACCUCAGUCUCUCUCCCCUAUUCCCCCUUCACGUGCAGUGGCCUAUGACGCAGUAUCGGCUGGUUACUCUCAUGUAGCACCUUCUACUUUGAAAGGGGGGUUUUGUUUUGAGGAGGGGUUGGAGUUUUUUUAAUCUUUUUUCCCACAUGACUGAGCCACCAGUAUUUAUCUCUGGAGAGUUUGUGCUGAGCUGGUUCCUGCUAAUUUAGUGAUGAAGCCUAUCCAAGUUGGUGAUAGCUUAUUAUUUUCAUAAGUAAAAAAAUGAGAUUAUAUAUAUAUAUAUAUAAAUAUAUAUAUUACAAAAAGACACAGUAUUUAUCGUAGUGUUAGUCCAGCACCUCUUGGGUGAGGCUAUCCAGACACCAUAUGUUUUUAUUUGAGUCCAAUUCAUUAAAAAAGAAUCAUCUCUGUAACCUCAGCCAAGUGAUUUAUUUUAGGCUUCCCUUUGUUGAGCCCCAGGUCCAGCUGCAGUGUAGGGCAGCCCAAGAGGCUUUGGGGUGGGGACACUUAGUGGGCAGAUCAGGCUAAGCUGGUUUGAAGCAUUCAAGAGGUGUGGGUCCCCAGGCCCCAGAGAAUUGGACUGAGCGGAAAGCCAGUAGGGCCGGCGGUCCAGAGAAGGAGAGGAGUUGACCCAGGGCUACACAGCAAAGCAAAGGAGUAGAGAGUCCUUGGCCAGCACGCUAUCUACCAUUCUACCCUGCCUUUCACUGCCUGCCUUGCCCCUCUUUCUCUUUCCUUUUCAACAUCCUGCCUUCUCCUGUUGUUAAGAUGGCCAAAUAAUUCAUUUACUCUAAGAUGAUUGCCUGGAAACUACCUGCCUUUGACCCGAGAGCUGCUGUGUGUCAGGCUGUGGGGAGGAAGUCUCCAUUUCUAGGACUGAGGCCCUUGAGUACAGGGGCUGCCUUCUUCCUGCGUGGAUCUUCACUGACUGCACAACUCUGAUGGAAUCGAUGCUUUCUGUUGAGAAGCCAGGACCUUGUGGAGGCAGAUUCUUGGGCUACCAGUAACUGGAAUGGAUGGAACCCUUGACCCCUAGGCCAGGCCUCGCUGCAGCUAUGCCAGGAAGCUCCCUGCAGUUGGCCCCAGCCACUCUUACGAAAGACUGUUCUGAGUAUUUGCUGACCGGAGGAAGGGACCUCAUAGGCUUUACAGAUGCCCCACCAGCUCUGUCAGAUGGAUCCUUACAGCUGGUGGAUCAGAAAUAGUCCUGGUACUGCUAUCAGGGAAUCAAGAAAGGAAGGGCUAAGCUGGUUCCCGGGACAUGGGUGGGCCGUCUGUGGUGAGGACUGACAGCCCGGGAGGAGGAAAGGGAGGAAGUCUGCCCAGAGGAGCACCAGCAGGGCCUGCGAUUUCCCCACCUGCUUCACAGUAGAGAGGUGCACACAGCAGUCCCUGCCUGGAUCUGGCCUGGGCACACUUCUGCUCUCUGUCAGUGGAAACAGGAAAGGGUGGGAUGGCCUGAGAUAUUCAGUGCCCACCAGGCCUUGCUGGGCCCCCAGCUGGACAAUGAGAGAAAUGAUUGAGUUGGACCAGCUCCUGGUGAUGGGUCAAGGACCUGGCCCUGUGCUGUCGACUGAGUUCUGCCGUGGGACAUGAUCCUAGGCAUUGCUGUGUUUUCUUGGUCCCCACCAGGGCAGUUGACAGCCCACAGACCAUGGCCCAUCAGGGAGUUGUCCUGUGUGCAAACAAAACUCAUGUUGUACAGGGCUGAGGAUGCCUAGCCCCCAAACCCAGAGGUUGGAAAUAUCAGUCCGUUAAAAGGGUCAGAGCCAAGCAGGUUGGGAAUUAAAAUCAGAGGCAUUUGCAGCUGGAAUGGAGCUCAGAGAACGUCUGCUCCACUAGUUCUCUCUUUUAUAGAUAAGGAAACAGGUCCAGGAGGUUAAGUGACUUGGCCAGAGUCACACAGCAGAUUGGCACCAGAGUUGGGACUAACCUCAUCCCUGUGGUUAGGCAAUGCAGUUUAGCCCUACAGCCGAAUGGCAGGUCAGGGGUUAGGUUCGCAGUGUGAGGAAGGCCUCCAGCAGGGUCUGAGCAGCUGGUACUUUCAGGGGUGUGUCAGGGAUGGGGAUAGGUGCCUGGGCUUGGGGUGUGGAGCAUCUGAGAGAGGGUCCAGGAGGGCUCGGGACAGCUAUGUGCUGUUUGGGGUUGGGUGUCUGCCUGGCUUGCACUCAGUACCUAUGGCCAUCUCCCCAUUUUCUGUGCCUUAUCUCACUGUUUCAGCUGAGUCCAAGUUGUUUACUCUGUUCUUCUCCAGAGGGGCGUUCUGUCCCAGUUGGACAGCUUACCUUUGGGACAUAAGCCUUUGCCCCACAAGCCGUGGAGAGGACCACAACCAAGCUGCUUGAGCCCACAGUCUUGCUGAUAUAGUUCAGGCCUGCCUGCCAGCCGGAGGAGCCCCUUAUGCACAUUCAGCUUUACCAGCCUACUUCCAGGAGCCAGGAGUGGGGAAAGCACCUGGGAGGAGACCUGGUGAAAAACUGGACUCGACCCAAAGGGUCAGGAGGAAGAGUUAGCCCUAUUGGGUUGUCCAGCUCUAGGGAAGCAGCUGUUCUUAUUUACCUUUUCCUCUGUGCCACCAAAUGAUUGCUCCUUCCAGAGGGGAAGGAAAUAGGUGGAUCACACAAAGAAAGGCAGAACCCCCUAUCUUCACCUAUGUGGGUCUGUGGCUGGAUACAGGCCUUCAAAAAGGGGACAUCAAGAGAUGGAGAAGUGGGGCUGCUCGUCCACUCGGCACCUUCCUCCCCCUUAAGCAAGCACAAAGGUGGGGCAGAGAACUGUCAGAGCCGAACGUUCCCACGGUUGCUCACAACUCAGGUAUGCACACUGUGUGGCAGCUGGGCAGCAGGGCCCCGCGAGACCGCCAGUCCUGUGCACCCAGACCUGCGGCCAGAUGGUGGACUCUGGCUGCCUAAGGCGCCACCUUUUUGCAUCGGGUUCACCUCCAUUAGUAACUACAGCUGACACAGACGUCCUCCCCAUCGUGCACACUGGUUCUGCCUUUGUCCUCGCAAGUUGAUACUUGGCAUUAGCAUGAAACUUGUGGGUGUGGGAGGGUUUAGAGAGAAUUCUAACACAAAACAUCCUAUUAAAUUGUACUUGAGAGAUGAAAAACUCCUGUUGUAUUUUGACAGAAUUAUUUUUAUUAAAAUACACAUCAUGAGCAGUCACGA